AUGAGCGGUUUUGGAGCAGGGAGGUCAGACAGGCAGGACACAGAGUACUCCAGUAGAGUCUUUCCUCAACCUAGAACAACCUACAAUAAUGAGGAGCUCAGGAUUGUGACGGUGGGAAAAACUGGCGCUGGGAAGAGCGCCACAGGAAACACCAUUCUGGGGAAACAGGUCUUUGAAUCAUACUUCUCUGCUAAAUCUUCGACUGAUCAAUGUGAUAAGGCCUUUGGUGAGGUUGAUGGACAAAAGGUUGCUGUUGUCGACACUCCGGGUCUGUUUGACACCGGAAUUGAUGAAAAGAAAAGAGUUAAAGAUAUUGCCCAGAGCAUUUCUUUUGCGUCUCCUGGACCCCAUAUCUUCCUGGUCGUCAUCAGACUGGGCAGAUACACAGAGGAAGAAAAGCACACAGUGCAGAAGAUACAGGAAAUAUUUGGAGAGGAAGCAGACAAAUACAGCAUGGUUCUCUUUACCCAUGGUGACCUGCUCAAAGGGGAACAGAUUGAGGAGUUCAUGAGAGACAGUGAAGACCUGCAGGCACUUUUGGGCAGAUGUAAUGGCCAGUACCAUGUCUUCAAUAAUAAUGACCCGAAGGAUCGUUCUCAGGUCAGCGAGCUGCUCAACAAGAUCAGAAACAUAACCGAGAAGAACGGAGGAAGUCAUUACACCACUGAAAUGUUCCAGAGGGCAGAGAAGAAGAUUGAAGAGGAAAAACAACGAAACCUUAUAAAGAAACAAGCACAAAUGAGCAGAGAGCUGGAGGAACUGAAAAAGAUAGUAAAGGUAAUGUAUGAGAAACAGAUAAGGGAGGCUAAGGCUGACAGGGAGAGGGAGACAUUAAGGGCAGCUCAUGAAAACAAAAUGGAAGAGGAAAUAAAAAAACUAAAAGACAUGCAGGAAAGGCAGGCCAGACAGGAAGCUGAGAAAAGCCCUUCAAUACUCGAACUGUUAGCUGAGCUUAUUAAACAAGUGUUAUUGCGUUAUGGUUAUGGCAGCAAUUUUCCUGUCAAAUACCUGAAAUAA